UAAACAAGGGGGCAUCCCUGAGUCUUAUCUAAACCACGUGGGGAAGGGUGGUUUCUUCCUUGCUGUCAGCCCUUUCAGGGUCAUGAAAGGAUGGGAGAAUUUUUUUUUAACCUUCGCUUUCCAGAAUCACAGGUCUCAGGUGAAGUUCAACAUGGUCAGAAUGCAGGUAAAUCUCUCCACGGAUUCAAUCAGCGGCUGACGACGUACGGAGUAAGGCAAAAGAGAAUGAAAGAAGUAGAUAAUCUUGAAAGUAUAAAGGAAGAAUGGGUUUGUGAAACAGGAUCUGACCACCAACCUCUUAGUGAUAAUCAACAAACAAAUUGUGAAUAUUUUGUUGACAGCCUUUUUGAGGAAGCUCAGAAGGUUGGUGCCAAAUGUUUGUCUCCCACUGAACAAAAGAAACAGGCAGAUGUAAGUAUAAAAUUAUGGAAAAAUGGAUUCACAGUCAAUGAUGAUUUCAGAAGUUAUUCUGAUGGUGCAAGUCAGCAGUUUCUGAACUCCAUCAAAAAAGGAGAAUUACCUUUAGAGUUACAGGGAGUUUUUGAUAAAGAGGAGGUCGAUGUUAAAGUUGAAGAUAAGAAAAAUGAAGUAUGUAUGUCAACGAAACCUGUGUUCCAGCCCUUCUCAGGACAGGGUCACAGACUGGGAAGUGCUACACCAAAAAUUGUUUCUAAAGCGAAGACUAUUGAAGUUGAGAAUAAAAAUAAGUUGUCUACUGUCCCACUAAACAGUCUGGAACCCAUCACUAAUAUACAGAUCUGGUUAGCCAAUGGGGAAAGGAUUGUCCAGAAAUUUAACAUUUCUCAUAGGGUAAGCCACAUCAAAGACUUCAUCGAAAAAUACCAAGGAUCACAAAGAAGUCCUCCCUUUUCCCUGGCAACAGCUCUUCCUUUCCUCAAAUUACUAGAUGAAACACUCACACUGGAAGAAGCCAAUUUACAGAAUGCUGUAAUCAUUCAGAGACUCAAAAAAACCGCUGAACCUUUUAAAGAACUUUUAUAACAUUGAUUUUUGAUACACUAAGUGGAAGGUUUCCAGAAAAAUGAUGGUCAUAAGUGGACAUGUACACCAAAAUGGGGGGGAAGUCAGAUUUGCUGAGCUUUGCACUAUUUAACUCCCUCCUGAUGAGAAGAUUUUAAAAUAAGUACAAGUUAGGAAAAUAAACUAUGACUGGAAACUAUAUUCAAUGAACUUUUCCCAGAAGGCUACUCAGAAAGAAAAAUAGACUUAUUUUCAAAUACCAGUUAUUUAACGUAAGAUAUAUUAAAUAACUAUAUCAUUUAAAAUCUUAAUACGGUAUAAAUUAGCAAAUAUGUUCAUAGCAUCUUUCAUUCAAACAUCAUUCCCAAACAGCAGUGAUUUGUUUAAAUGUUAGCUGUCUCAGAUUUUUUUAAAUAGCAAUACAUUAAAAAAUUAUACAUGGCAGGUUAAAAACAUCAAUGCAAUUUUUUUAUAUCUGAGAUACAAUCAAAAGGCUGAAAGGAACUGCUUUCACCACAGCUAUGCCUCACCCUCAGAAGUGUUCCCAAUUUACAUUGUCUAGUGGCAAGAUACACUCAAAUAUUAACUUGGCAACAAUAUCUGGGAUGUAUUUUCAUUUAAGAAUAAAAUUGUGUGGCUUAGUAUAAUGUCAGUAUCAAUCUGCUGACAUACAUUUCAACAUUUUCUAAACGUAUAAAUUUAAAAGAAUUCUUUUUUCUCUAGGAACCGCAGUUUAUCCCCUACUUUAUUUUCUUUCAUAAAUUAGGGGUUUGGGGGCAUCCCUGGUGGCGCAGUGGUUGAGAGUCCGCCUGCAGAUGCAGGGGACACAGGUUCGUGCCCCGGUCCAGGAAGAUCCCACAUGCCGCGGAGCGGCUGGGCCCGUGAGCCAUGGCCGCUGAGCCUGCAUGUCCGGAGCCUGUGCUCCGCAAUGGGAGAGGCCACAACAGUGAGAGGCCCGCGUACCGCCAAAAAAAAAAAAAAAAAAAAAAAAAAAAUUAGGGGUUUGUUCUUAGUUAACAUUUGGAGCGGGCCAUUUGUUUGCCACCACUCACAUAGAAUCUAAUGCUAGUGUUGUCACGCUACUAAUUAACAUUUUUUAAAUGCGUCAUGUAAAGUAUGGUUUUCUAUUUCAUACAUCACACAGCCCAUUUAUAUAUUAAAGGAUUUAUUACAUUAUGAUGUCAGUAAGGAAAACAUGCUAGAUUUUUAACUAAAACUGGUUACACUUCAGUAUUUCCCUGUCAGAUUAAAUCCCCUUGCCUGACAAUAAGUUUAAGAAGCUUUUUGCAGACGAUCUAUUGAAUCAUAUUUAAAGUGAAAUAUACAUUGAAUGUGCCAAGGAACUAAGUGGCCAUGCCUAACAGCAGUAAUGUUCAUAGGGUGCUGGAUGUCUGCUGGAAAGAGCAGUUCUCAAACUUUUUGGUCUCAAGACUUUUGUUUAUGUGGGUUAUAAAUACUAAUAUAUUUAAAAUAAAAAAGUUAUAAAAUAUUCAUUAAAAAUAAUAAACGUGUUAAUAUAAAGAACAUAUUUAUGAAAAAUGUCUAUUUUCCAACAUUUAAAAAGAUUUAGUGAGAAACGUGGCAUUGUAUUUCAUUUUUUCUAAAUACCUUUACUGUCUGAUUUAAAGAAGACAGAUGGAAUCUCAUCUGCUUCUGUAUGUCUGUUGCAGUAUCACACAUCAUGUAGCCUAUAGUAAAUGCUACUGUACAUUCAUGAGAAAGUGAAAAAAAGCAAAUAACGUCUUAGUAUAAUUAUGAAAAUAGUUUUGACCUGGCAGAACCCUUGCAAGAGCUAAUCUUAUAAAGCAGUGAUUUGCAGUGAUUCUCAGGCCUUAAUAUGUAAGAAUCACUUGGGAAGCUUUUCAGAAUGCCUAUUACCUGCCACCUACCACACACAUUUUAACAAUUCAUUGUAUUUGGGAUGGGUUCCAGAUGUCUACAUUUUUAAUCCCAAGUAAUUCUUAGGUAUGUAGUAGGAGAACCAGUCUUCAGGAAAUCCUGCACUAAGCUUCCACCCUAAUAAAAUAAAACCUGUGUGCUGCAUCAUGGACAGUGCAAGACUCAACUGAAAUCGGACUGUUAGACCUUUAAAUUUUAUUGUAGUCCACCAGUUUGUUCUUAGACUGUCCUCCCACCCUUUAAUUCUGAACUAAUCAUGAGAUAAACCUGUGCUUUAUCUUCUGUAAGCACAGCUGAGACAAGGCUGCAACAUUUAAAUGAGGUUUUUAUUAAAGGCUCAGGGAUAACAAAAGGGAAAUAUACACAUAACUAGAUGACCAGAUUUAUAAGAUAUAUCUUAUGUUUGAAGUUCAUUUUGAGAAUGCUUCCUUUUCUAGCUCUCAGCCUUCUAGGUGGUAGAGGUCUUUUUAUCAAGAAGAGAGGGAGAACAAAGGAGAGCCUUUUCCUUUUGUCAUUUACCCUCAGAAAUGAACAGUUAUAUAAUAGAAAAUAUUUAUUGUCUGUAACGUUUACGUCUGUGGUAGAGUCGUCUCUUUAGUAAAACAAAAAAAAUGGCAUUCUUAAAAAAAAUGAGGGGAUGGUAAAAUCAGAUGUAACGUAAGUCAUUGUUAAUAUAUUUUCAAGAAUCUGUAAGAAAAUGUUUCAUGUAGGCCUAUCAUGAAGCAUUUUAUAAUUUUCAUUUGCAUAAAUAUAAGUCAAUUUUUGAUUCUCCAUAUAUUUCUAUAAAGGGGCUUCUUGUUGGAAAUAUUUUUCUUGUACAUAUAAAAAGGCCUCCUUUGUGGAUUUUCCAGUUUAUAGUAAUAACCAGAAGACACAUUAGAGGUUUUCUUGUGUGUACAUGCAGAAUACACCCCAGUGAGAAGUUCUGUAGAGAAAGACCUGUCAUCAGCAAGAACCCUCAUUUUUGUAACUGUGAAAACUCUAAUUAAUGUGGAUGAUAUUCUUAAAGGUUUUCUAAAGUGAGAACCAUCUGAUAAAGCUUUUUACAUUAAAGUUUAAAAUUCUAAAGUUGUUAAAUAUGUAGAAUACCCAAAACAUGUUGACUUUAGAAAACAAACUGAAUUUAGCAAGGGAAGGCAAACUUGAAUAUAAAGCCAGCAUCUUAGAUGAGGAAUAUAAUUUGACCUAAGUAGUUGUUUCAAAAGUGGCAUCAAUCAGUUUAAAACCAUUGUUGGGGGUGAUAUGCAGAAGUACAUAUCUAAUUUUACAGAUUCUAAUUUAUUGGUUAAAUUACUAUGCAUUAUCCAGGUUCUAAAGGUGAUCUUAUUUAUUUUAUAUACUUCUGUCAUUCAGAAUACUUUUCAUUAUACUUGUGUUGAAAUUAUGUAUGCGUCUAUUUCAGUGCCUUAAAGUAUUUUGAAAGCAAUCUUGCUAAUGGUUAAAGAACUGUUGUCUUGAAGAUGAAAUACUUACUGUUCAUUAAAAGGAUCAGUGAGAUAAUUUA